AAUAAAAAAGCACGAAGCGGUUGUUAAAGCAUUUUUAGUUCAUUUUUCUAAAACGAAGACGCGAAUUGAUGAAAUUUUGUUUUUUUGCAAAACUAAAGAACAAAACGCUCUAGUGAAACGUUUCAAAAGUAAUUAAAAUGUAUAAAAAUAAAGCUUAAACUUGAAAAUAAUGCAAGUGCUAAUAAUUAAAUAAAACAAUAGAUAUUAAAACCCCUAACAGUGCACUCUACUCCCUCUUUCUUUCCCGGCCAACCCAAAAAAAAAUAAAAUACUCUGUUAAACAACAGUGCUGGUUACAUUAAUGUUAAAUAAGAAAUCUAGUGUUAAAAUAAUACGUCAAGAAAAACAAGAAUCACUUGAGAAAUAAACAAACAAAAAAAGUGCUUUAUAAAAUUUAAUUUUUAGAAUAAAAAAUCUCCCAAUUUUUUCUUCCUCCUCUAUCACCUUAUUUCUUGCUGUUAAAGUUUGUGUCUAUCGUUUUCUCCCUCUUCGUUUACAUCAACAUUCGUACUGUUAUUUGGAAUUUGGCUGCCUAUAGAAAAACAAUUUUAAUUUACUUUUUUGGUGUCCAGCAAACUGUUAAACUGUCAUGGCCGGUAAUGGAGAAGCUAGUUGGUGCUUCUCACAAAUAAAAGGAGCCUUAGAUGAUGAUGUCACCGAUGCAGAUAUUAUAUCCUGCGUUGAAUUCAAUCACGAUGGCGAGUUGCUGGCAACUGGUGAUAAAGGUGGACGUGUCGUUAUUUUUCAGCGUGACCCUGUUUCGAAAACGGCAAAUCCACGACGUGGUGAAUACAAUGUCUAUUCGACAUUCCAAUCGCAUGAACCCGAAUUCGAUUAUCUCAAAUCGUUGGAGAUCGAAGAGAAAAUCAAUAAAAUUCGAUGGUUAAGAAGAAAAAAUCCUGCACACUUCCUGCUCUCGACCAAUGACAAAACGGUGAAAUUGUGGAAAGUCAGCGAGCGCGACAAAUCCUUUGAAGGCUACAAUACCAAAGAGGAGAAUGGCCUAACAAGGGAUCCACAAAACGUGACCGCCUUACGAGUUCCUUCUGUUAAACAAAUCCCUCUGAUGGUCGAAGCAUCACCCAGACGCAUUUUCGCCAAUGCCCAUACCUAUCACAUCAAUUCGAUUAGUGUUAAUUCAGAUCAAGAGACUUAUCUAUCGGCAGAUGAUUUACGAAUCAAUCUAUGGCAUUUGGAAGUAACCGAUCAAAGUUUCAAUAUUGUCGACAUCAAGCCGACCAAUAUGGAAGAGUUGACCGAAGUGAUAACAGCUGCUGAAUUCCAUCCAACCGAGUGCAAUGUGUUCGUGUACUCAAGUUCAAAGGGCACAAUACGUUUGUGUGAUAUGCGCUCGUCGGCACUGUGCGACCGGCACAGUAAACAAUUCGAGGAGCCAGAAAAUCCAACAAAUCGUAGUUUCUUUAGCGAGAUCAUUAGUUCAAUAAGUGAUGUGAAAUUAAGCAAUUCAGGUCGCUACAUGAUCUCUCGAGAUUAUUUGAGUAUUAAAGUAUGGGAUUUGCACAUGGAAACAAAGCCCAUUGAAACGUAUCCGGUCCACGAAUAUCUAAGGGCCAAAUUAUGUUCUCUCUAUGAGAAUGAUUGCAUUUUCGAUAAAUUCGAAUGCUGUUGGAACGGCAAAGAUACCUCAAUAAUGACCGGCAGUUAUAAUAACUUUUUCCGUGUUUUCGAUCGCAAUGCAAAAAAAGAUGUCACCUUAGAGGCCUCCAGAGACAUUAUAAAACCGAAAACGGUGCUAAAACCACGUAAAGUUUGCACUGGUGGCAAACGAAAAAAAGAUGAAAUCAGUGUUGAUUGUUUAGAUUUCAAUAAGAAAAUAUUACAUACCGCUUGGCAUCCGCAAGAGAAUAUAAUAGCUGUUGCAGCCACCAAUAAUCUGUUCAUAUUUCAGGAUAAAUUCUAGCCUACAUUCAUCUUUUAUAAUAUUGUUAUUAUGUACUCUAUAUACACUAUAACUUUCCUCUAAACAAACAAACAAAAAAGUAAACAAACAUAAAAACAAACAAAAAAAAACAGAAAACAAGCCUUUCAACUUUAGAUUUCUCAAAGAAAUACAAAAAAAAAACAUUUAAACAAAACAAAAAUCCAACAACAAAAACAAGUAUCGUUUAUUUUUUUUAUUGCAUCAAAUUAUUAUUUCUAAAAGUCUUAAGUUUCUUCACCCACAACACUAUCUAACCGUCACUUUUUAAUUUUUAUUUAAUUUAAGCGAGAGGAUUUUUAUUCAAACAAAUUCAAGAAAAGGGUCUAGGUAAAUAGUUUUAGUGUGAAUAUUUUGAAAAUUGUGUUUGGUUUUAAAUAGUAAUAACUGUAAUUUGGAAUAUUUCCAAAUAAAGUUGUACGUAUACAUAUGUAUUAUUAAAACAAGUCUAAAAAUCGUCUAAUAGUGUUUAGUUCAAAUUUUUGAAAAUUUUGAAAACAUUUUAAGAUAUUUUCUACUUUUUGUUAUUAAAUCUACUUGUAAUUAUUUCUCUAGACCCUUAUUAGUACAAUUUGUUGAAUACAAAUCUUCAGUAAAUCUAAAACUUUUUGUAAUUUUCUUUUUUUUAAGUUGAUUUUCCUUAAUUUUUUUCCGAAUCCUUAAUCUUAAAGCUUUAUUGUAUUCUAUUCUUCUUUUUUUAUAUCUCAUUGUCUUUACUAUAAUUAUUAUUAAAAAAUAUCAUAUGCCAUAGUGUCAAAACAUAAAAAUGCCUUUUUUUAACACGUACUCUUUAACUUUUUUUUGUUUUUUUUUUAUAGAAAAUAUUUUAUUUUAUAUAAAACUCAAGAAGAAAUUUAAAAUUUAAGUAAUCUGGCGUUUUAUUUUUUAGUUAAGCGCUAUUUUUUGUAAUGUUAUGAAAAGAAUAUGAGUAAAAAUACUAAAUUUAAAUAAAAUAAAAUAAAAAACAAAACAAAUUAUUAUAAAUAAAUAAAUAAAAACAAACUCCUUCUCCUCAAUCCGCUUAAUACCCCUGUUCUAUCCAUUCAUCAAAAAAAAAAAAAAAACAAAAGGAAAAAUAUAAAGAAAUAAGAGAAAUAAACUUUAAUAAAAAAACAAAAUUCGUAAAAAUCUUAAAAAAAAACUUAUUUUUCAUUUCCAUAUUAUUUUUGUAAGUUUAAAUUACAUUAUAUGUAUUAACUUUAUUGUAAUUGUUAAAAAUUGCUGAAAAGUGUUUUUUAAAAACAAAUGAAAUGAAAAGAAAAAUAAAAAUCUUUGCAAGUAAAGCAAAAAUUAAAUUA